ACACCACGAGAGAGAAGAGGAAGCAGGAGAAAGAUGGGGUAGAGUACCACUUUGUCUCAAGGCAGACGUUUGAAAUGGACAUCGUCAACCACAAGUAUGUAUUUCUUGAUGGGAGAGAAAGUAGCCAAAGACCUUUACUGAUUAUGCUGUUCAAUAGGCAGUGAUCAUCAUAUGGUUAAAGAAAUUAGCAGUAUCUAUUGUUACUACAUUAGUACUUUAUUAGUAAGUUAUACCCUUUUGAGUAAGGUGUUAACCAACAAUGCAUAUUUGCAUGUUGAGUGCAGUGCUACCACACGAGCACUUCCUUUGUUGGCAUUCCAUUUAACAAGAGCCUUGGAUAAGACACAUUCAGGCAUCUAGUCAUUGAACAAUAAAACAAGCAGGUGGUUCCCAUUUAAUAUGCAACAUGGGAGAUUAGCUGAAACGCUACCAUUCCAAGAUGUUUGGAACAGCCAGGGCUCUGCAAAAUGCUAUAUCUUAAGCGAAAAACUCACAAGAAGCGGGCGGGCGGAGCAAGCAGAGCGAGGCAGGUGGAAAGGAGGGAACAGACAGAGCAGUGACUGUAUGCCUCCAGGAUAGUCAAUAUCUCCAAUCAUCUUUGCUGAUAGCGAUGUUGUGUUUCCUCAAGUGGAUGAAUUGGUCUAAUUUAGCAUGUAUGGUAAAGCCUCAACCCUUAGCUACCUUUUCCAAUUCAAAUCAGCAAAAACAAAAGUGAAUAAUGACAACAUUUGUAUUGUUUUGUGAGACUACAGCGCCAGCGAUAAAAAGCAAAAAUAGAGACACGUUCUAAUUGAGGGACAACCCGCAUUCUAAAAUAAAUCACACAAAUGCCUCGCACUCUCGCCUUUGGCGAGUUUAGGCCAUUACUCAGAGAGAAGUAGUGAGCCUGAUAUUCCAUUGUUUUCAUGGCAUUUACUAUCGCUAAUGCUGAACCAGGACAGGAGAUUAAGAAAGGAGGUAAGAUGUGGCAUUCCAGUAAUGUCCUGGGAUGGAUUCCUGUUUUCCCAUCCUCCUUUUGUGUGUCUUUUAGUGCGAAGACAUCAAUGUAAUUACCACUGUAGCAGGCAAGUAUAAGGGUUGAUAGUUCAUUACAACCAAAACUGAUAGCAAGCGACAGGGAACGAGAUAACUUUUGGAUUUUUUCUUAAUCAGGAAUGACAUGUUAUUAAGGAAAAUUCCAAUAGUUCAAGGGAAAGUUCAGCUAUUUUACAUAUUUUGUUUAUCUUGAAAGCUGUCUAUGGACAAGGAAUGACUGCAAUCCACACUUUGGUUCUGUCAAACUAGCCACUUCAAACAAUUAGCAACAUUAGCAUUUUGGAUCAAUUCCCCAUGUAAGUCUCCUCCGUUUAGCAUAUAUCAAAGUAUUCCAUUAAGUUGAUAUUUGAUUGGCUCAAUUUUAAAUAGUGUUUCUGUAUGGUUUUGUGUCUCAGGUUUUUAGAGUAUGGGGAGCACAGAGGGAACUACUACGGGACCAGUCUGGAGUCGGUGCACAAGGUCAUAGGGGAGGGCAAGGUGUGCCUACUGGAUGUGCAGCCUCAUGUGAGUGACAGGCCAGCAGGCCAAUCACAAUCCCGGACCAGUAAAUUACAAUUCAAGGAGCCAAUGAUUUGAUUGAUUAGAUGUAUUGAUCUUCUAAUGAUCACGUCAUAAAAAUGGUGACAUGGGGCCUAAUUUGUGUGCUUCUUAACUAUAAUUUUAAUUCAAAUCUCUCUUUGUCUCUCUCUCUAUCCCUCUGCUUGGCUCUCUUUCCCUCUUUUCAAUACCACAGAUUGUACAGCGUUUGCACACAACCGAGUUCAAACCGUGUGUUGUUUUUGUGAAGCCACCAUCGAUUCAGGAGCUACGUUUAAGCCGAAGGAAAGCUAAAUUCAUUUCCACCCAAGAUAUGACGAAACUGACAAAGACAUUUUCGGUAAUGUCAAGGCUGGGUGAAACAGUUUUUGGUAACAGUUUAUAAAAACGUUCAGUAACAAACCAUUUAUAAGACAUUUAUAAAUAGUUGAAUCAGUACUCCUACAUUUGUAAAUGUGAGGGAUUCCCUUUUCUUUGAAAGCUAGUUAUUCACACAUUUAUUAAUAAUUCCUAAGCUCAUUCAUAAGGUGUUUAAUAUAGAUCCUUAUAAACCAUUUUCCUAAUCAUUAGUAAUUUUUUUGCAGUCCCUGAUCUAAAGUGAGCGCUAUUUAUAGUUUAUAAAUACUUUAUAAAUCUGAUGAAUCGUUAAUACAUUAUUUAAAAGUUGUUUAUACAUAUGUGAAUAACUAGCUUACUAACAUUUACAAUGAUUCAUAAAUGGUGCGCAAAUUGUUUAAAUGCAUAAUAAGUAAGUAUUAUUAUAUAUUUUUUUAAACCUAUGUUUGAAUGGAAACUGUUCUUUAUGUUUUUGCUGCAAUGUAGCUUCGUACAUGUCAUCAUUAAGGUGGAGGGGAACACUGAAAAAAGUCAUCUGUUCUCACUUGUCGGACACACACACACACAUAAUCAAACAUGUUUGUGUCCCAGGUCUUGUAACAUGGAAGCAUGAGGUGGUGUGAGGUCACACACACCUCAGUUUACACAUGGCUGAUCCUCUGACUUAUAAGAGUAGUCAGUGGCCAAAAGGUCACAAAUAAAAUGGCUGCUGGGUGGGCUGCAUAUACAGUGGGGUCCAUAAUGAUUGGAAUCCUUGAUAAAGAUGAGCAAAAAAGACUGUAUAUUGUAGGACAUUUUAGCCAAAAACCUGGUUGCCUCUGCCAGGAGGCUGACACUUGACUGCAAGAAAAUAACCCCAAGGACACGUCAAAAUCCACAAAGAAAUGGUUAAUUGACCACAAAAUCAACAUUUUGCACUGGCCAUCUCAGUCUCCUGACUUGAACCCCAUUAAAAACCUGUGGUUUGAAUUGAAAAAGGCAGACGAAGGAUGUCAAGGAUCUGGAAUGAUUCUGUAUGGAGGAAUGGUCUUAGACGACUCCCAAUGUGAUCUCCAAUCUCAUAAAACAUUUUAGAAAAAUUCUCAGUGUUGUUAUCCUUGCAAGGGGAGGGUGCUGGAGUACUGAAAACAGGGGUGCCAAUAAUUUUGACCGGCUAUCUUUAAAAAAAUAUUUUUUCAUUACUUGUUAAACAACAUCUAUUUUUCUGAGCAAUUGUAUUACUAUAAAAUAAUAUAAUUUCCGAAUUUUUUGGAGCAUACAUUAUAGCUCAGUAUUUGUAUUAUUUUAUACAGUAUUUUUUGCACAUCUUUAUCAAGGAUGCCAAUAAUUAUGGACCCCACUGUAUGUUCCAAAAUAACAUAUCUGUUUGCCAGCAUAUGUGUGUCUCUGGGUGGGGCAGAGGGCCUUGGUGGAUGUUGUCAGGUCACUCUCAUAACUCCCAUCUGUAUUCUCAGUUUGUGGUCACAGCCACCUCUAUGAAAACAUAGGGUCACACAUCUGGGUUGGACCGUGGUCUAAGGUUGUCCGAUGUCAGGCAUCAGAGCCUAACACGAUUUAAGCAUAUUAUAUGCCUCCAUGCUUAAAGCGUCAAUCAGCAGUUGAAACAAAGUGUCUCCCCGCCCCUGUUUCGGUAAAGAUAUGAGGGAUGGGGCUGGAGUAAUGUAACCACUCUCAAAUUCAUAGACAGAGCUAUGGAUGAAAACCAUUUUUGAGGCUAUUUAGUGUUUUUUCACAUUUAGUAAAACAAGCUUUAAUUUUGGGUUCUGAUGGGGUAUGACAGUUGAACUAAGCUCAUGAGGCAAUAAUAAGUUAUAUUUUUGAAGAAUCAAUGCGUACAUUUAAUUAAUUUACAACUUACAAGGUGUCAUUUCGAACUUUGGUUGUUCAUCAGCAGUCACUCAAUUAUCCUAUGUCAGCUAAUUUUCUCUUGAUUCGUAAGUUAGUCUAGCUGCCAGCUAUCUAAACUUGUAGUAAGCAUUGUCGAAUUACCGACUUUCCCAUUUGAUCAUAAGUUAAAUAAGUUAAUAAGUCGUAAGUCGCUCUGGAUAAGAGCGUCUGCUAAAUGAUGUAAAUGUAAAUGUAAAUAAGUUAUCAUAUUAAAAACAUUUGCCUCCACCCUAUGCCAAAAUGUGUUGAAUUGCAGGAAAUGUGGGUACACAGACCCACGAGCCACUGCGGCCCCUCAUGAUGAGUUUCGUAUUUUUUUGUGGCCCCCACCCUCAUCAAAGUUGCCCAUCCCUGCCUUAUGCUGGUGUUUAUUGAUGUGAUGUUUCAACAGUGCAGGGUUUAUUUCACAUAAACCCCUUUGCAGCUAAAGGCAGGAUCACCUGACAGUGAGUGAUAAAACUCAUGUUUUUGGAUGGAAAGACCCAUACUACCAUCCUUCCAAAGCAUGACCUACAAUUGGCCUACAGGUGAGAAUUCAGCUGUAGAAUUUAUGAAUUCAGAAUUCACACAUGUACUUUCUGUUUCUCACAGGAAGAGGACUUUGAAGAUAUGAUUAGCUCAGCAGAAGCCAUGGAUAGCCAGUACGGCCACCUGUUUGAGAUGGUCAUCGUCAACGGCGAUUUCGCCAUGGCAUUCAACAAACUGAGGGCGGAGCUGGAAAAGCUUGAGACGGAGGAGCCUCAGUGGAUUCCUGUGGAGUGGACC